AUGCUUUCUAAUACCAGUAUCCAUCGCAUUGUGCUAUGCGUAUGUCUGUUUCUUGUUGGAGUUAUACUCGCUCAGUCAUCCGAAAACCAACACCCCUUGACACAACCACUGAAUGCAUAUGAAGUGCUACAGCGGCUACCAGAAACCUCUAAGUUUUCAUCGUUAUUGGAUCCAGAGCUCCAAUCUUACUUGCAAAAUCAAACCAACAUCACCGUAUUUGCACCGCAUAACGAUGCCUUUUAUCAGACAUUGCUACUGGAUCGCAACACGACCAAAUACCAUAUACUGCCGCAACUGUGCUUGGACGAUUGCUGGACACAGAACAGCGAAUCUCUGUACAAAUCAACCUCGUACAUGAAACUAUGGAUAAACCACGAUAAAAACACCAAACAAAUAGAGUCGGGUAAUAUGCAAUCUGCAGCCAUUGUAAACUCGAUACAAGUUUCUUCGCAGCAAAGCGUUGUGCAUAUCAUUGACUCCAUAUUGGCAGUGCCUCUUGAUAUUGAAACGACAUUGGGCAACCUUAAAUUCACAAAAGCAAAGCAAUUAAUGGCUCUAGUCGAUCAACAGCAUGCAAACUCGAGUCGAAAUGAUGAGAUGAUGACCUUAUUUAUGCCAAAUAAUCAAGCAUUCGGCACGGUGGAUCCCACUACACUUGGGUUUGAUAUUAAUGCUAUGCUUUAUAAUGUGCAUGCUGUGAGAGGGCUGUAUACGAGCCAGCAAUUAAGAAGCCCUAACAGCACUAUACACAACUUGGUUGGAUCAAACAUCACCGUGCGUGAGAAUCAGAUUUCCAUUGGCAAUCAUACGGCCAACAUUCGUGUCAAAGACAUCAUAGCCGAGAAUGCCCUGAUCCACACAAUAGAUCAAGUACUCUGGACUACAACAUGGGUCGCUUCCACGAACGACAGCACGACAGCAAAGGCAGCAAAGAACGCCGCUAGUAAACCUCGCCCGUCGACAUAUAUUUAUACAUUUUACUGGCUGUGUGUGGUAUAUUAUUUUGUCAUGUUAAACGAGGCCUAA